CGCGCGCCGUCCUGAGGGGCGCGCGCAUGCGCAAGGGCCCGAGCGUCGCGUCGCUGGAGGGGCGGGCGCGCGCGCGACCAACCGCCGAGCCUCGUUCUCAGGCUCGGGCAGGGGGAGGGGCGGCUCGCGCGCUCUCUUCCCUCAGGAGCCAGCGGGGGCGGCCGCGGCUGGGCUCCCCUCAGACAGCCUCGCUCGCCCGGAAUGCGAGGCGCGGCGGAGCCCGCCCGGGGGUGACGGCCGCUUGUCAGGCGCGGUUCCCACCGUCGUAGUCACAGGCGCUGACUGGCUUCCCGGUCCCGGCCCCUGAGGGAAGAAGGGGCGGCUCCUUGGGCGGCGGCGACCUCGGCGGCUCCUGUGCUGCUUCUCGCCUUCCUCCCGGGCUCGGCUGUUUCCUCGCCCGCCAUGAAGAAGUUUUCCCGCAUGCCCAAGUCGGACGGCACCGGAGGGAGCAGCGGCAGCGGUGGAGGCGGCGGCGGAGGUGGAACGGCGGCUGCGGGCGGAGGGUCAGUGGCGGCCGGCGGCCCCGCCGUGGGUAGCAGCCGCGUCUUCAAUGUGGGACGGUACCAGGUCACGGUGGAGGAGGUGCUGGCGGAAGGUGGAUUUUCCACUGUCUUGCUUGUGCGCACACAUGGUGGGGUCCGGUGUGCAUUGAAAAGAAUGUAUGUAAAUAACGUGCCUGACCUCAGUAUUUGCAAAAGAGAAAUAACAAUAAUGAAAGAGUUGUCUGGGCACAAGAACAUUGUGGGGUAUUUGGAAUGUGCUGUUAACUCUGUUAGUGAUAAUGUGUGGGAGGUGCUCAUCUUAAUGGAGUACUGUCGUGCGGGACAGGUAGUGAAUCAGAUGAACCAGAGAUUGCAGACAGGCUUUACUGAGGCAGAGGUGCUAAGGAUAUUUUGUGAUGCCUGUGAAGCGGUUGCUAGGUUGCAUCAAUGUAAAACUCCCAUUGUUCACCGAGAUUUAAAGGUUGAGAACCUUUUGUUAAAUGACAGUGGAAAUUAUGUCCUUUGCGACUUCGGCAGUGCCACUAACAAAUUCCUUAAUCCUCAGAAAGAUGGAGUUAACGUAGUUGAAGAAGAAAUUAAGAAGUAUACUACAUUAUCAUACAGAGCUCCAGAAAUGAUCAACCUUUAUGGAGGGAAGCCAAUUACUACCAAGGCUGAUAUCUGGGCCCUUGGCUGCUUGCUCUAUAAGCUUUGCUUCUUCAUACUUCCCUUUGGUGAGAGUCAGGUUGCCAUUUGUGAUGGAAGCUUUACCAUUCCAGACAAUUCCCGUUACUCUCAUAGUGUACAUUGUUUGAUAAGGUACAUGCUUGAACCAGAUCAAGAACGGAGGCCGGAUAUCUUUCAAGUAUCUUUCUUUGCCUUUAAAAUUGCCAAAAAGGACUGCCCAGUAUCCAACAUUAAUAAUUCUCCUCUCCCUUCUACUCUUCCUGAGCCCUUGACCGCUAGUGAGGCUGCUGCUAAGAAAAGCCAAAUAAAAGCUCGAAUAACAGAUGCCAUUGGACCAACAGAAACCUCAAUAGCACCACGACAAAGACCAAAGGCCAACACAAGCGCUGCCACUGCUAGUGUGCUAACAAUCCAGAGCUCUGCAACACCAGUCAAAGUGCCAGUCCCUGGUGAUUUUAACAGUGGGCAAAAAGGGGCCUCUAAACCUGGAAACAGUCAAGAGAGUAUGUUGUCCCAGGGAGCUAAUCAGACUCCACAGCAAAACAGAGUACUGCAACAGCUACAGCAAGGGGACUGGAGGUUACAGCAGUUGCAUCAUUUACAUCACCAGCAGCAACAGCAGCAAUUGCUUCAGGAUGCAUACAUGCAGCAGUAUCAAGCAAUGCAGCAGCACAUGAUUCAGCAGCAACUUCUGAUGCAAUCUGUGUACCAGCAGCAGCCUCUCCCAUCCCAGUAUCCUGCCAUGAUGCAGCAGUACCAACAGGCCCUUCUGCAGCAGCAGGUCCUUGCGAAGCAGCUGCCUCCACCAAAACAUUCUCCUGAGUUUAUUGCCUCGCCACAGGAGUUCUCGCCAGCCUUAAUCUCGCAUUCUAAAUCAUUUCCUGCUCAUGUUGGUGCAGCUCUGGAUACCCCGUAUACUGCAAAUAGGUCAUCUGCCUCUGAUGCAGAGUCUGUUUCAAGCUAUCCAAAACAGAACAUCAGUAACCCCCCUGACAUGUCUGGUUGGAACCCUUUUGGAGAAGACAAUUUCUCCAAACUAACAGAGGAGGAGCUGUUGGACAGGGAGUUUGACCUUCUGAGAUCAAACAGGCUCGUGGAGAGGAGAACAUCCUCAGAUAAGAAUGUGGAGUCACAUUCUGCCCCGCAGAACCCUCCUCCAGAAGAUCCCUUUGGUUCUGUUCCUUUCAUUUCUCACCCAGGGUCCCCAGGGAAUGAAAUUGAUAAUUCAGCCAGCAGUCAAGAAAAAAAGGUAGGAAGCUCAAGUAAAAAUGAGAAGCCAAGCCAGGUUACUGAGGAACACAAAGCUGGAAAGAAGGUAACAGAAGGACACACGAAAAAAGGGAGUGAUGACUCAGAGAGUGAUUUUGAAUCAGAUCCUCCCUCUCCUAAGAGUAGUGAAGAUGAGGAGGAACAAGAGGAUGAAGAAGUCUUGCAAGGUGAGCAUGGAGACUUUGUGGAUGACAAUGAUACUGAACCUGAGAAUUUUGGCCACCGGCCCCUUCUCAUGGAUUCUGAGGACGAGGCUGAAGACGAUGAUAAGCAGAGUUCCGAUUCUGAUUCUGGUCAUGCCAGGCCUGUAGAAGAGGUGCCCUGCAGUAGAUACAAAGGAGAAACUUGUAGCAGUGAAGUCAGGGAGUCUCUUGCAACUUUCUCUGGAUUGCCUGAGCUGCCAGGCACAGUUUCCAAGAGGAGCCCCGAACAAGAAUUUGAUGUGUUUGGAGCAGUCCCAUUUUUUGCUUUUCAACCCCAAGAGCCUAAGUCUAGGCAAAAUGAUGGCAAAGAUUUCUCGUCCAAGGCUACUUUUUCUGCCUUAGAACAAGAUCAAGAUGACUUUGAUGUUUUUACCAAAGCCCCAUUCAGCAGAAAAGUAUCCCAGCAAGAUGAUUUGCUAGUUGAUUCUGAAAAGCAACCUUCUCCCAUCUCACCCAAAAGUGUAGAUAUUUUUGGCUCCAUUCCAUUCCACCCUCUUUCUGUCCCAAAGAACAGUGAGAACAAAGAGGAUGUCUUUGGACUUACUCCGUUUGAGGAGAUAGCAGGGAAUCAACAACAACAAAAAGUGAAGCAGCAACGGAAUCUACAGAAACUGUCUUCCCGCCAGAGGCGGAUGAAACAGGAUGUCUCCAAGAGCAAUGGGAAGCGCCAUCAUGGCACUCCAACUAGCACCAAGAAGACUUUGAAGCCCAGUUACCGCACACCAGAAAGAGUCCGCAGGCACAAAAAAGCUGGUCGACGGGAUUCCCAGAGCAGCAACGAGUUCCUGACAAUCUCCGAUUCCAAGGAAAACAUAAGCAUCGCGCUGGCAGAUCCCAAGGACAGAGUCAACCCUCUGCAAGCAGACGAUAGCCUUCUGGACCCUUUUGGAGCCAAACCAUUUCACCCAACGGAGCUGGUGCGUCUCCCACAGCAUCAAGGCUUGGGUGACAGUCGUGUAGACCAUAACACAGUAGUGCCUAGUAGACCAAGACAGACUUCUCUAAUAGGUGCCAUUCAUCCUGGUGAUGGGGUGAAAUUAACAGAUGAUUUUGGGGCAGUUCCUUUCACAGAACUUGUUGUGCAGAGUGUGACAUCUCAACCAAGCCAGCAGCAACAUACAGUAGAGUUGGAUCCAUUUGGAGCUGCUCCAUUUCCUUCCAAACAAUAGAUUCUUCCAGGAGCGUUUCUGCAUUAUUUAACUUGGGUUUUUCUCGCCCUAAUAAUCUGUCUGGUCGAACUGAGGAGAAACGGAUUCUGUUUUGUUUUGGUGCAGCCUAUUCAUUCUCUUUGGUGAUCAGGUUCUUAGAUUUUAAAAUUCUUCUUUGUUUAAACAUGCAAUAUUGAGGAGGAGAUGGAAGCAUUUCAGUAAGAGCAGACUUCCAAUUGAAAGAGAUCAAAUGCUAGCUGUUGUGGUUAUUUCCUGUGACUAUAUUGCACAUAACCAAUGUGUCCUUUUGCAAGGCAACUACACUUCAAGGAGCCAGUGGCUACUGUAAGGGUCUGCCCUAGAGCGUAAUACAGCUGGCCUGAUGGGAGAGGAAUCCAAAACACGAGAAGCCAAGGAGGUCUGGACCUACUUCAUUUUCUCCAGUCAGUGUCUUUUUCUUGUAAACUUCUCUGAACUUCAGAACUUGAUGGCUUGAUAUGAAAAUCACAUUAGUUUCCAAACAAUCCCAAAUCUUUAUAGGCGUUCCAGGAUUCUGGUUUUCCGCCCCCCUAUAAGUGCCAUUAAUAUAACACAGGGACAAAGAAACCUAGAGUUAUAACUCUUAAACUGUUGAGACCUAUAAUACAGUAGUAAAGCAAAUUGAGAAUGCUGGUGGGAAAUCAAAAAGCAUAUAACUGGAUUUUGCAGCACUUUGAGACAAGACAAUGCAUUUGAAGAGUCUGGUUUAUUUGUGUGUAGUGUUGAUGACAGAAAAAACUCACACCAGAAAAUUGGUAGCAAGUAUAAACAUGACAACUAUCUGUUAAAAAGUAGGAUUUGUGCCCAAGAUAUGCUUUCUUACUGGGGUUUGUAUUCCAGAUAAACUGUUUACGUUAGGAACGGGUUUUCAAUCCCUCUAUAAAGUUGCUGAUUACCUAAUAUUUUGAAUGCAUUCUAUUACACAAUAUUGUACAUCAAAUAUGUCCUUUGAGAGUCUGUGCAAAAAUGCACUGAGCUCUAAAGCAACUAACUUGAAUCCAGGCAGUUUCCAGAAAAGGAGCUGUAAAACUGCAAGCUUUUUAAAAUUGCAGAUUUUAAUCUGCUACCACUAAACUGCAUAGUAAACCACCAUUGCCUUACACCCAGGACCACCGUGUCCUGUUGUCAAUUUACCUCUGAGCCAAGCAGUGCCCUUGAGACACUGUUUAGAAACUUGCAGAACGUAGCAGGUAAGUACAUCAAGUUCUUCUGGACCUUCAGUUGGGGCUAAUGUGUUCAUGAUGUCUGGCUGCCGUGCUCCAUUCUCCGUCAUCAGCUGCCAUUCAAGAUAGCAGCCUGAGAUGCUGCAGGAGUUUGGGUUGAAUGUCUCCCUUGUUUUCAGUUCACUAAACGAUAGUUUAGGCCAGCUUGACCUUUCCUACAAUGGGUGGGGUGUGAGAACACCUUAGCAACCAAUGUUUCUGAACUAUACAGCAGUGUUUGGCCAGGAUCCAAAGACCUGAGCAAUCGAGUGUGUGAUUUCUGUUUUAUCAAACAGCUGCCUUUGCAGUGCUUUGACAAAUCACUUUUGAAACUGAGCAAGUUCAAAAGAAGCUUGUUCUAUAGCUCAGUUGUACAAAGGAGAAAAGAUAAGAUCGCUGAGGGUGUGUAAGUAAGUAUAACAAAGCUGUCUGGAUGUUAGUCCUUCCGUAGACAUUUACAGCUGUGUAAAUCUGAACUGAAGCACUUGUGUGCACUUAAAUGAAUUGGGAUAUGGAUGCAUUUGGGUAUUGCUUCCCUGAUGUGACUAUGUACCUGUGGGAAACAGUCCAAUUUUAAACAAGGGGAGGUAAAAGGAUUGGGUUGAAUGUAGUCCUUUAAAAGGCGUCCUGUGAUGGCUUCUGUCCUCCAAACACUGUGGGAAAGCAAAAUAUCAAAGGAGAAAUGCAUUUUUAUUAGUUUAUAAUAUGGUAUUAAUAAAAGAUGAGUUUUAUAGAGAGAAGGGUCAAGACUGUUUUUAAAUGUGUACAAAAGUACUUUUUAAAGCUGCUGCAUCUUACAGUUUCAGCAGUCUCUUUAAAAUACGGAUAGAAGUGCUCUUUGUGUUUAUCUCCUGGCCUCUGCUCGCUGUCUUUCAUACCGCAGGUCACUUUGGAGUCAGACAUGGCUAAAAAUGACUGUGUCCAUACCUCAGAAUACCUGCUUGUUUAUGCUUUGUGCCAUCGCCUCCUAGGACUAAACACUGAGUUUGCUUUAAACUUUGUGAUUUUAAAACUGCAACCCAAGGGCUGCUUCAACCAUGACAGUUUUCUACCCAGUGACCCAGCAGUGGCUUUUGAGCAUAUAAACAUGUAAUAUAAUCACAGACAUGCAAGUUAACAUGCUAUUUCCUAAGUAAUUUUUUUUAAAAAAAAAAGAAAUGGGUCAUGAAUGAUUUAAAUGGGGUUCGAGCUCCAGGACUGAUAUUACUGCGUAAGUCCCAGCUGAAAAUGUCUCGUUUCCCUAAGCCCAAAUGCUUUCAAACAACAUAAAGAGAGUAUGUAUGUUUAAUAAAAUUUCGAUCCAGUGAUGCCCUAGUGUGGUUGGAAGGGGCUUCCAGUUGUGCACGGGAGGAUAAAGGCCUUUGAUUUUCACCAUUCUGUCGCCCCUGCGAUGAGCUGCAGUUUCCUGCAUUGAAGACUGUAGCAGAGUUCCCAGUCCUUCGUGGUUGGGGUGGGGAGUGGGGGCGUCUGGAAUGCAACGGAAGAUAGGGAAGUCCCAUUCCAUGAACAAACUUCUGUUCAUGGUUCUUAACUCUCGGUCUGUGAAACAGGACUGGACACAAGACUAAGUAAUUUGAUUGAGGAUCCCGUUGAAAUUAGUCGGAACGCAGCUGCAACUAGCACGUGUCCUAUUAAUUUUGACUAACGCCUUUGUUGGGGCCAUCGACUCCGGUGGAAGUGCUCAGUUUCCAUCAGCAUCUGGGUUAGCUGGUAUCUAGAUUUAAAACUGAGCAUUUCCUGCUCUACCAACAGAUUGCUGGUAGUUGCUUCUGGCAAUUUCUUUUGAAAACAACCAGGCCAGUGUGUUUUUUGUGAGCAAGAAUUGUAGAUUACUGUCAGCAUUUGCCAGAGAGGGUUUUUUUUAAACCCAGAAUUUACAGAUGAAAAUUCUGUUGUGUGCAUUUUGUGUAGAAAUGUCAAAUACCUUUGACCAGGGAUUUGGGGGUGGGGCGAGAAUUAUAUUUGCAUUAUUCUAGAUGAUUAUGGCUCUGCCAUAGAUGUAUACAGAAUAUUCUUUGGGUUAGAAAAUAUGCCUGGCUCCUUCAGUUACCACCACUGGCCUGAGAUCUUUCUUUUUUCCCCAGUGGAGAGACCCUUAUGCUCAAUUUGCUCAGCCUGUCUAAGUUGUUGUUACAGAUAUGUAGAGCUCUGAAGGACUGCAGCUUAGACAUUAGAUUACAUAAAACAGUGGAGAAAAGCUAGAAAUUCUGCUUUUAAGGCCAGAGUAACCUAUCAGAAGUUACCUAGCAUUCCCAAUAUUGACAACACUCAAUAUUUCUUGAAGAUCUCAUAAUAUCCCUUCUAAUGUUUUCUUGUUCACUGAAUUCCCUCUCUCUGCCUAAGACUUAUUUUUCAUAGGUUUCUGUAACAAAUGUUUGCAAAUUGGUUGUUCUUUGUGGUGGGAGACUAUUUGAAUUUCCCUCGAGUAUUGUAGAAGAAAAGGUAACCAGUAACUUUGGGGAGGUAUCUUUCCCUUAACUGUGUGCAUAUAUUUAAAAUCAAAUCUGUCGUAUUUCCUGAAAGAGAGAGGACUAUAAAGUGCUGUUUCAUAUCAGUGACUGACGGGUGGGAAAUUCCUUCCUCUCCCUCCAGCAUUUUGGGGGGGGGGGUGGAGGGGUAAUGCUUUGCUUUGACCUUUUCCCAUUAUUGUUCGACAGACAGCUGCACACAUCUUCCAACAUCAACCAUGUAGCUCACCUUGGGGCUGAGUCAUUCAUGAUUUGAGACAUACUAGGUGCUUUUAUUAAGGGGCUUGGUGAAUAUCUUCCCUCAAAGGCUAAGGAGCUGAUAGUACACACCCUCCUUUGCAUUAAGAUUUCAGUGGUUUUGUGUCAAUGUGGCACAUAUCAGCUCUGUUUCAUACUGAGGGGAUGGUAUCACCUGACGGUGAAUGUAUCCUCUUAUCAAAUUUAAUGUGACUUGGUCUUCAAACAGUACAAUAGAUGAUCCUAAUCUCCAGUGCCCCUGCCUCCAGCACAUCAGACAUGGAUACUUUCCCUUUAAUAUUUAGUCUGUAUAAUAGGAAGGGCCCGCAUCUUAGAGCUUGAUUCUGCACCUUUUCAAUGCAAUGGUACACAGCUCAGUAAUUCAGAGGCACAGGAUGGGUGUAAUGUUGGAGGUGGGGAGCUGUGCAGAAGUCCUUUUCUCCCAAGAAUAAGGGAAAAAAUCUACUGUGAGAAUAAAUUGAUACAGCUUCUACUGUGAGAAUAGCAUCUAGAGUUUAUCUGAAGAUUUUUUUAUAUUAUAGGGUGUAUUUUUAUAGAGAGAAACUUAUAUAAAACAUACGCACGCACACAUCCCUUGGAGUUUGUGAUCUAAGUAACAUUGCAGUCACAAUCAUUUUUCAUGGCAUUGGAAAAUCAAAUAUAGCCAAGAGCUGCUAAAAGUGUAACGGGGAAUUGCAAAACAGUGGCUGCCCAGUUAUUUUUCUAAAAACACUUCUUGAAGAGAUGAAAUGCAGUAAUAAUGUGCAUAGCCAAGCUUGGUUCGUGUGAUGAGGGCAUCGUUCAAAAGUAAACAGCAUAAUGCUAUAUUUUAAUUGCUGGCAAACAGCUUUAAGUGCACUUUCUCAAAUUACACUUCCAUUUCUUGUUAGACUUGAAAUUUAUAAAGCUUUUGUGUGUGUGUGUGUGUGUGUGUGUACCACUAAAGCAGAACUUUAACUUCUGUGAAUUUGAUGUACAUGGAAAAAAUAACUUGCAGUUGUUACUAAAUAAAAAAUAAACCAACCUGG